AUGGUUGAGUUGACUGAAAUAAUUGAGGGUUCGAACUCUUUCGAGGAGGAACAAGUGCAGGCUGCUUUUGAAGAAGGCAAGGCAGGAGAUCUAUCAGAUGACGAGUACGACAGUGACUUUGAUGAUGAUGACUUUGAUGAAAAUGAAACUAUCUUGGAAAGAAUAGUGGCAUUGAAAGAUAUGGUUCCACCAAAACAAAGACAGACGAUUACAAACUUUGUUAGUUCCACAACAAAUUUCUUAAGGACUGCAUUUUCAAAGACUGGUAGUAUCACUUGGGCUUUGGCUACAUCCGCCAUGCUGCUUGGGGUACCUCUUUCUUUGUCUAUAUUGGGCGAACAACAGUUGAUUGAAAUGGAAAAAAGCUUCGAUUUACAAAAAGAUGCGAAUGAUAUUUUAGCUCAAGGUGAUAAUGGAGCUGCCGUUACGCCCCCAGCUACUACUGCUGCUUAA